CGGAGACUUCCACUUGGGUUGAACAAGCAUUUACGUCGCACACCAUCGAACCUCAACCUCGUUAGCAUUAAUUGAGACCAUCAUCUCAGCUACCGUACCUCCCUCUACGUAACGUGCGUGCUUCUCCGUCUCCGCCGCCAAUUACCGCCUUGCCUUUUCUUCCCCCCCGGUCUUCUCGCUUCGCAGUUCCAGCUUCUUACCGUGUGCUCUCAAUUCUCAUCUUCUAGUAGCCCCCUCCGUCCUUCCGUCACAAUGGCCUCCUUCUUCCGCACUGCCGUCCGCGGUCCCUCCGCCGGCCUCUUCCGCGCCGUUGCCCGCCCCCAGCCCAUCGCCGCCCGCGUCAGCCUUUUCAGCACCUCCAGCCGCUUCCGCUCCGAGCACCACGAGGAGACCUUCGAGGAGUUCACUGCCCGCUACGAGAAGGAGUUUGAUGCCGUUCAGGAUGUUUUCGAGCUUCAGCGCAACCUGAACAACGCUUUCGCUUACGAUCUCGUCCCUUCCCCCUCCGUUCUCGCCGCCGCUCUCAAGGCUGCCCGCCGCGUCAACGACUUCCCCACCGCUGUCCGCGUCUUCGAGGGCAUCAAGGCCAAGGUUGAGAACAAGGGCCAGUACGAGCAGUACCUCGCUGAGCUCAAGCCUCUUCGUGAGGAGCUCGGCAUCACCCUCAAGGAGGACCUCUACCCCGAGGAGGCCAACUAAAUUUAGGACCAACGUAACUUAGAAGAUGCCAUGAGAAUCACCAUUCCAACGACCCAUCAAUUAUUCUCCCAGAAUCUUUGGAAGUUUGAAAAGAGGGGAUAUGAGAGUAUUGUGGCGAGAGGAGGGGGAGUUUGUGGAAGGGGAAAGCGUAGCGUGUGUGCUUGGAACCUAUGAAUAGGAGAGCGCACUCAACGCUAAUUCCCUGGUACCAUACAUGUUUCUUUGCCUAGAGAACUCCUAUUGCAGGAAGUAAGGGCGUAGUAUAUCCAAGAGGGCCUUAGAGAGAGGAAUCGAACGAGUUCAACCUGUUUGUCGAGUUGGAUACGAUAACAGUUGGUUGUGUCACGGAUUGUGUUUGGACGAUGAAUAUCCCAUGCCAUGAUCGUAGAGAGCAGCAAAAUAGAUGUAUUCGAAAGGCAGUAAUGAGUUUACCAUAGAUUUUAC